GUGGACAUUUCAAACGAGCGACUCCCGAAUUCCCGACUGGGUGGCCUGUAUCCGGGCUCCAAGUUCGAAGGCAUGCAACGGUGCGGGUCCGCCGCUUAUGAUGUGUCUGUGGAUAUACAGCACGUGGAUCUGAAGGAAAGCACACUAAGUGGCUAUCUCAACAUCAAGGGACUGACAGCCGAGUUUCCUGAGCUCACGACGUUCUUCCAAGCCGAAAUAAUUGGCCCCAAGUACUCGUUUCUCACGCGCAAAUGGCAAGCUCAGCAGAGCAUUGACGUAUCACACUGGAAACGCUUCCCAUCGUUUCAGCCGUACGUCGAAGUAUUCAACAAUGACGACUUUGUGUAUGACCCGUUGGAGGAAGACUUUAUUUAUAUGCGCUGGAAGGAGCAUUUUUUGGUGCCGGAUCACCGCGUCAGCAACAUCGAUGGUGCUAGCUUUGCAGGGUUCUACUACAUCUGCUACCAACGGUCGACCAACGAGAUCAAGGGCUACUACUUUUUCCGCCACCACACCGAAUGGUUCCAGGAACUCUCGUUGAAGCAUGUCGAACAGCGCACAUUUGGGAACUUUGAAAUACGUUAA